AUGGCGCAGCUCUCAACGGAUGCCCGCAAAACCCUUGUAACAAUCAACGUUCCAGCUCGAUCUCGACCGACCCGGCGGUCUGCUGUGACGUCACUUGAGCCGCACCGCUUCGCCCAAGCGGCGCGGUCGUCCAUUUUCACAGCUGCGCUGCCGCUGACGCCGUUGACGGCGCCGUCGCGACGUCGAUGGCUGACGGCUUCGGCCUCCGCUUCAUGGACUGCUCCACUGGCGUUGCGAGUGAUGCGCGCUGCACCAGAAAAGUGCGCUCGCGUUGUGUUAGUUUUGUUCUCUGAAGAAACACAAAUGAUCAGACUUUGUCAGUGUACAUCAGAGAUUUACAAUGGAAUCGGUAUCGACUUCGAGGGGAAAGAAGGUUUAAUGUGGGGCAGAGGUGAACAAUUGCGAGACCAUUUCCCAAUAUGUGUCGGCGACUGAUCGGUGUAAUGAAAAUCUUAUUGAUUGUAAAAAUUAGUUUAAAAAAUUUUGUAAAUACUUGUAUUCUUAUAUUAAGUUUUUGAAUGUGAAUAAUGAAAUUUGAAAAGAG